AUGGGCUGGUGGAAAGCAGACCCCGUGCCUUCUCCUCCUCCGCCGCCUCCUCCACUGUCCCAAGCACCACACCCUAUUCCAUCCAACCCAGCUUCAUCUUCCCCAGCAGACGCUUGUCCUGUCGACGCCCAAACCCGGUCAAUAUGGCUGGAGCAAGCAGCCGCCCAACAGAAGAAAUCUAGAGAGGCAGCAGCAGCAGUAGCAGGUCAACAACAAAAGCCCCUCCCACACCCAAAUCCGUCCACCAUCGCUUCACCCCAAGAAUGCUCAUCAGAUCGAGUAUCACAAUCACCCUCUACAGAAGACCCCGCCGGCAGAAGCACGACACGACACAAUCUAUCCCACGAGCGUGAAAUCUCCAGCAUACCCCGCGCGCAGAGCCCUUCAUCCACAUCACCCGCACCCAGCACCCCAGCCAACGCGGAAACCGAAACCGGUGCCUCGCCCUCGGGCCACUGGAUCUACCCGUCCGAAACGCAAUUCUACAACGCGGUGCUGCGCAAGAAGACCUCAUCGGCGAGCCCCAACGAGCUGGCGUCGACGAUGCCGAGCGUCAUCCCGAUCCACAAUGCGGUGAACGAGCGGGCGUGGAGCCUGAUCAAAUCGUGGGAGGGCCAGAGCAGCGCCCGCUGCGGCGGGCCGAAACUGCUCUCGUUCAGGGGCCUGGGCGCCGGCGCCUUGAGCCCCAAAGCCAGGGUCAAGAGUCUCGCUGGCUAUACAGCGCCGUUCGACCGCCAUGAUUGGGUCGUCCAGCGCUGUGGUGGCGAGACCGUCGAGUAUGUCAUUGAUUUCUACCAGGGGAAGCCGGCGAAUGAUGCCGCCGCGGGACGUGGAGCACCCGUGCCACAACAACAACAGUUGAACUUUUAUCUGGAUGUCAGGCCCAAGUUGAAUAGUGUCGAGGGAUGUAAGAUGCGGUUCGAGCGGUUUGUGGGCUGGCGCUGA